UUGCUUCAAUUGUUAAUGGGGUGUAGUAUUCUAUCAGCGUCACCCUUUGCAUUAUCUCUAGCGUCAACCUUUGCAUUAUCUCAAGCGUCAACCCGUUUCCCUCAAAAACCAUUUUCUAUUUCACUAUCUCAUUAUUCUCCUUUUCAUUAUUUCUCAUCUUCAUCACCUUCCACUUCAACCCGAAACACCGCAACAACAAAAUUUUCAGCAAUGGAUAAUCCAAAAAAUUCUUCACAAAAAGAUUUUCCAUCAGGAUUAGACGAAGAAUCAGAACAACAAUACUCACUUCACUCUAAUUUACUUCAACAAUUCUCCACAAUCUCUUCAAUCGAUAAGGCAUGGAUUUUCAAUUCAAACAAAGAUUCUUCUUCACAGGGAAUGAUGUUUUCUGUGAGUCAACCGAAUCUUCUAGCGAACAAGAAACGGAAGUUUAUUUUAUCGUCUACGGUUACUAAACGGAGUGAUGACAGUUCCGUUAAGUUACAGUGGGCUCCGUUUCCAGUUGAGGUGUCUGGAGUUUCGGUUAUGGUUCCAUCACCUUCUGGUUUGAAGCUUUUGAUUGUUCGAAAUUCGGAGAGUGAUGGUGCUUGUAGGUUUGAAAUUUGGAGUGAUUCUUGUCUUGAAAAAGAGUUUCAUGUACCUCAGUCCAAACAUGGUUCUGUGUAUACUGAUGGAUGGUUUGAGGGAAUCUCUUGGAACUCGGAUGAAACUCUUAUAGCAUAUGUUGCUGAAGAGCCUUCCCCUGCAAAGCCUACAUUCAAUGAUCAGGGCUACAAAAAAAGUGGUUCCGAUGACAAGGAUUCCAGCAGCUGGAAAGGUCAAGGAGAUUGGGAGGAAGACUGGGGCGAAACAUAUGCGGGAAAGAGGCAGCCUGCACUUUUUGUUAUAAACAUCACUAGUGGAGAGGUUCAAGCCGUCAAAGGAAUUGACAAAUCUUUGAGUGUUGGCCAAGUUGUGUGGGCUCCAUCAAAUGAAGGCUCUGCACAAUACUUAGUCUUUGUUGGAUGGUCAUUUGAGACAAGAAAACUUGGUAUUAAGUAUUGCUAUAACAGGCCUUGUGCAUUAUAUGUUGUUAAAGCACCACCCGAGUCAAAAACUAAUGAAAACGAGAUCCACUCAGGGGAAGAUGCUCAGGCGCUUAACCUAACUCAAACCAUAAGUAGUGCUUUCCUUCCACGGUUCAGCCCAGAUGGAAAGUUUCUUGUAUUUUUAUCAGCAAGAAGUUCAGUUGAUUCUGGAGCCCAUUCUGCUACAAAUUCACUUCAUAGAAUUGACUGGCCUAAGGAUGUGAAGUUUGAUCAAUCUGCAAAAGUUCAUGAUGUGAUACCAGUUGUGCUGUGUGCUGAGGAUGAUGGCUUUCCUGGGCUUUACUUUUCAAGUAUCCUUAACGAUCCAUGGCUUUCCGAUGGCCACACUUUGGUUAUACCCUCUGUCUGGCACAGCAGUCAAGUUUUACUUUCGGUCAAUGUGUUGAGCGGACAAAUAAAACGGAUCACUCCUGAUGGCUCAAAUUUCUCAUGGAGUCUCCUUACAUUGCACGGGAACAAUAUUUUUGCCGUUUCUAGCAGUCCAGUAGAUAUUCCUCAAGUCAAGUAUGGAACCUUUGUUGAGAAGGAAGCUGGUAAUAAUGAAUGGAGUUGGUCAGAUGUAUCAAAUCCCAUAUAUAAAUGCUCUGACAAGGUUUUGGUUAAUCUUCCUUGGCAUUAUUUGUGUGUAUUAUUUUUGCAAAUAAAACAAUGUUGUAUGCUAAAAGUGCAUCAUUGGAAUUUUCUGCAGGUAAGUUCUUUGUUGUCCUCUCUUACGUUUAGUGUAUUGAAGAUCUCAGUCAAGGAUGCUUCUGAGAACUCAACUAAAGGUUCUAGUAAACCCUAUGAAGCUAUAUUUGUGUCAUCAAAAACUAAGAAAAGUGACACAUGUGAUCCACUAAUUGUGAUCCUUCAUGGGGGACCACACUCUGUCUCGUUGUCAAGCUUUUCAAAGUCACAUGCUUUUCUUUCUUCACUUGGAUAUAGCUUGUUGAUUGUCAACUACAGAGGUUCAUUGGGAUUUGGUGAGGAGGCCUUACAAUCUCUUCCGGGGAAUGUUGGAUCUCAGGAUGUCAAUGAUGUACUCACAGCUAUUGAUCAUGUCAUAGACUUGGGACUUGCAAGUCCAUCAAAAAUUGCGGUGCUUGGUGGUUCACAUGGUGGCUUUUUGACAACCCACUUGAUUGGCCAGGCACCAGAGAAGUUUGUUGCAGCAGCUGCUAGAAAUCCUGUUUGUAACCUUGCGUUGAUGGUUGGUACAACUGAUAUCCCUGAUUGGUGCUAUGUUGAGAGCUAUGGAAUCAAAGGAAGAGAUAAGAUUACUGAAGCACCUUCAGCAGAGGAUCUAACUCUAUUUUAUAGCAAGUCUCCUAUUGCCCACAUUGCAAAGGUAAAAACACCAACGGUUUUUCUAUUAGGUGCCCAAGAUCUUCGCGUCCCAAUUUCAACUGGACUGCAAUAUGCUCGGGCUUUAAAGGAGAAACGAGUACCGGUUAAAGUCAUCCUAUUUCCAAAUGAUGUUCAUGGAAUUGAAAGGCCACAAUCCGAUUUUGAAAGCUUCCUUAGCAUUGCUGCCUGGUUCAACAAGUAUUGCAAAUGAGUAGCAUAUUCAGAUACCAGUGAUGAGUGAUCCAAUCAUAUGAUUUCCUGGAUAUUCUUGUGUAACUGUGCUAUGUUGCGGACUGUAUUUUAAAUAAGAAAAAGAUAUUGUAGCGAACUGCAGAUUUUUUUUAAUAAGCCUUUUUUCUUCAAAAUUUCAA